AUGGCCGCUGGCGGCGACGGCGGCGCCAAGUACAACUCGUACAAGGCGCCGGGGCUGCGGGGCGCGAUACUGGAGGCGGCGCACGCCUCGUGCCUCGGGGACCGGUACGCGCUCGGGGAGCAGCUCGGGUGGGGCCAGUUCGGGGUCAUCCGGUCCUGCUCCGACAUGGUCACCGGCGAGGCGCUGGCCUGCAAGUCCAUCGCCAAGGACCGGCUCACCUCCCCCGACGACGUGCGGGGCGUCCGGCUCGAGAUCGAGGUCAUGGCGCGCCUCUCGGGCCACCCCAACGUUGUCGACCUCAAGGCGGUGUACGAGGACCAGGACUCGGUGCACCUCGUCAUGGAGCUCUGCGCCGGCGGGGAGCUCUUCCACCGCCUCCAGGAGCGCGGCUGCUUCCCGGAGCACGAGGCCGCCACGCUCUUCAGGUACCUCAUGGAGGUCGUCGCGCACUGCCACAGCAAGGGGAUCGUGCACCGGGACCUCAAGCCCGAGAACAUCCUCCUCGUCAGCAAGUCGCCGUCCUCGCCCAUCAAGCUCGCCGACUUUGGCCUCGCCACCUACACCCAGCCUGGUCAAAGAUUGAGCGGCACGGUGGGGAGCCCGUUUUACAUUGCGCCGGAGGUGCUUGCCGGCGGGUACAACGAGGCUGCCGAUGUGUGGAGCGCCGGGGUUAUACUCUACAUCCUUUUGAGUGGCAUCCCACCAUUCUGGGGGAAGACCAAGUCGAAGAUCUUCGAGUGUAUCAGGUCGACAGAGCUGCGGUUCCCUUCCGACCCCUGGGACAGGGUUUCGGAUUCGGCCAAGGAGCUCAUCACCGGCAUGCUGCGGCGCGAUCCCGCACAGAGGCUCACAGCUGAGCAAGUUCUAGAGCAUUCCUGGAUACGAGAACACGCCAACGAUUCGCGCGAUUCCUGCGGUGGUUGCCUUGAGAUCGGCCUUGGGAGGGAGGAGCCUGGCUCGUGCUCGUUCUCCACGCCGAUGGCGACACGCAGCCGCGACGUGAGCUUCAGCACCGGCGGCCCGAUCGCCUGCCAGGGCCUGUCGGAAGAACCCUGCUCUCCAACAUUCUCCUGUAGAUCCUCCUUCUCUGCGUUCAGCGCAGCCAGGGCUCCAGCUCCAUCUUGCGGAGCCUUGUUAUUCUCAUUCGGUGACAGCCCCGAACCCAUGAAGGAUGCUGCGCCUGUGGUGUUGAUGCCGAGCUUCUCGUUCUUCUGUGGGCUAGGGUCCGACGAGCCUGAGCCAUUGGUGGCAUCAGGCGACAUCACCACGGAGAAGGGAGCUCAUUGUGUCGAAGACGCCGCGGUGGUGUGCCUCAACACCUCCUCCUCGGCUCUGAGGAGGAUGGCGGAGGCGGCCCUGAGAGGGGCGGCUGUGACGAGGGCGAACCCGUCGUCACGCAGCAGGCGGAACCACACCAUCGGCGCCGGCGACGAGCGGGGGCACCAGCACGACCUGGACAUGGCGGUGGCCGAGUCGGUGAUCCGGUACUUGGAUGUGCUCCCGAGCACCUUCGGGAGCUCCGUCUGGUUCAGCGACGAGGAGCUCGCGGAGGUGGAAGGCACAACGCUGCACCGCGCCACGGUCAUGCAGAGAGAAUCGUUACAAAAGUUAUUCGAUGAUAAGGUGAAAGGUCUGGUCGAGGAGCUUCUACAUGUCGAUGAAUCGGGAAGCUCAAUUGAAGUGCGGUUUGAGGACUUCCUUUGGAAACUGACAUUACAACGAAGAAUUGUAGUGGUGAAGAGAUUCCUGAAUUUUGUAAUACAGAGUCAAUUUGGGUUGAGGGACUCGUGCCAGGAAUCGAUUUCUGUAACCAUAUUUUACAAUGUCACUGAUCUAACCUCCUUAUAUUCGUUUCUUUCUGAAGUGCAAGCUGGUAAAAGCUCUGUUGAGACUGGGACAGAGAUCUACAUAAAUUAUGGCAACAAAGGAAAUGAGGAAUUGCUGUACCUAUAUGGAUUUGUGGUUGACAAUAAUCCAGAUGAUUAUCUCAUGGUUCAUUAUCCAGUAGAAGCUCUUAGACAGCUUCAGUCUGCUGACGUUAAGAUGAAACUAAUUGAGAUGCAGAAGGCUGAAUUGAGAUGUCUUCUACCUACAAGUUUGCUUGAUAGGGGAUUUUUAGGAACCAGCACCAGUUCUAGUGAAGAUGAUAACAAGAAAAAUGCUAGUCAUUUUUCUAGUUACAGUUGGAGUGGUCAACGCAAAGUUCCAUCAUAUCUCCACAAAAAUGUUUUCCCUCAAGAAUUUUUAAGUACUCUUCGCACAAUUGCCAUGCAAGAACAUGAGCUUGAACAGGUUGCUUCCCUGCUUGGAGAGCAUUAUGACAUAUGGCUUUUUUCUUUAAAGAAAAAGAGCGAGUCAAGAACCAUUUUAGGAUGCGUUGCAUCUGGGCUUGAAGGACAGUUGGAUCUAGUGAGGAUGGAGAACCAUCUGAUGCAGAGAUCAAAAGCGCUAUAUGGGAGAAUGGCUGAACUUGAAGAAGGAACUGGAACAGAAGCAUCUGACAGUCAACUGCUGGAGAAAUUUGAUUUCAACGAUCCAGAUGACUCCUUGAGUGCAACCGUCGAAGGCGUCGAAGCGACGAAAUCGAGAGUGAACAGAAGGUCGUGUAUAGUGUACCGUAGAGGGCAGAAGCAGCUGACGAGGAUGUUCCUCAGGGAGGCGGAACGUCUUCUGGAGCUGUCCGCGGAGGAGCAGACAUAG